GAAUUCUUUAUGAAUGAAAUAACCAAUGGAUCUUCUAGUAGCAAAAACAAUCAACAACAAAAAGCCACAAUUAGAUUUGCAUCAGUGGUUGUCCUUAAAAGAGUGCAUUGAAAUGAAAAUAGUCAAAUUAGUCUCAUUCACUGAAUUUGCUGAAUGCUGUUGUAUAGUAUAUUAUUACAGAAAGGGAUUUUAAAUACCUAAUGCUACUGCUGGUUUCAGUGAUCAUUAUUUGAGCGUUGUAACUUGGGUAACAGAUGAAAGGAUCUGUCUGCAGUGGCUCAGAAGAAUUCAGAAUUUUUCAGUCCUCACCAUCUGUGAUUUUGAAAGUGCAACUGGAAACUGGAUGUGUCCACAGGAAAAACAACUUACGGAAGAAAGUACAACUGGCUGGAUUGGCAGAUUUCAGCCAUCUGUCCCUUAUUUUGCCCCAGACAAUGCUACCUACUACAAAGUCUUCAGCAACACAGAAGGUUACAAGCACAUCCAUUACGUAAAUGGCACAGAGGCUCCAGUACCUAUUACUGAAGGAAAGUGGGAAGUAAUCAGCAUAGCAGCUGUAACCAAAAAUUUUCUGUAUUAUAUUAGUAAUCAAAAUGGUGAGAUGCCAGGCGGAAGGAAUCUUUACAAAAUGCUCUUGGAAAGCAGUCCAAAAUCUACUCAGUGCGUUAGCUGUGAUUUGAAUCAAGAAAGAUGCCAGUAUUAUUCUGCUUCCUUCAGCAAAGAUGCACAGUAUUAUCAGCUAAAUUGUCUUGGUCCUGGCCUGCCCUUGGCUACUCUGCACAGAAGUAGUGAUGAUCAAGUCCUCAGGUACUUGGAAAAUAAUACUGACCUGGAAAAUUCACUGAAAGAUAUUCAAAUGCCUUCAAAAAAACUUGGCUCCAUUACUGUAGGAGGAUACAUCACAUUUUUAAUAGGGCUAAAGAUGAAAUCUUCCAGGAAAGAUGGAGGUUUAAAGAUGUUCUUCAUGCUAUCAGUUGUGUAUUCAUCUUUUUAUUCUUCUUUGUUCUUACUACUUCAUCUCAUCAGGGUAAAAACUUCUGGGUAAGGGGAUUCUAUUUUU